AUGUGGAAGAUGUUUACACUCAACAGCAAUUCCAAGUGGGUCGACGAGCUGCCGUGUCUCGUGUCAGAUUACAACGCGCGGAAGCAUCGCACCAUCAGCAUGCGAUCCGCCGACGCAAUUUUCGCGAUCGCCGAAAGACUCUUGGGCACAGUGUAUAGCGCGAUAAAGAUAGCGAGUCCUGCAAAAUUCAAAGUAGGCGAUUCGGUACACGUGAGCAUGUACAAGACAAUUUUUGAAAAGGGUUAUACACCAAAUUGGACCACCGAGGUGUUUACGAUCAUUAAGGUGCGGCGUACCAAUCCCGUAACCUAUCUACUCGAGGACUAUCGUAGAAAAUCCGUCGCUGGAGCGUUCUACGAGCAUGAGUUGCAUCGCGCUAUUCAUCCGGAUGUGUAUCUCGUGGAGAAAGUGUUGCACAGGAAAGGCGACAAAGUGUGCGUCAAGUGGUUGGGAUUCGAUAGAUCGCACAAUUCAUGUAUACACAAAAACAAUGUUAUUUGA